AUGAAGUAUGGAGCUGGUAUUUGGUGGGAUUUCCAAGCAUGUUUCAACAGAAUACCUCUCGCUGGACUUAUCUCGAAAAAGGUCUUGUGCAUGCACGGAGGUCUUUCACCAGAGCUGAACCACCUCGACGUGAUUCGAAAUAUUCCUCGUCCAUGCGAACCGCUUGAUCGUGGCUUACUCAUCGAUCUCACAUGGGCCGAUCCUACUAACAAAGGAGAUGGAUGGUUCCACUCGAUUAGAGGAAUCAGCUACAUGUUUGGAAAAGGAGUCGUGCAGCAGGCUUGUCAAAUGCUCGGCAUUGAAUUGGUCAUUCGGGCUCAUCAGAUCACGUUCCAACAGCUUAAAAUGCAAAUUGCGCCAAAUUUGGCACCGAAGGCUAGGCCAUGUCCUGUCAUCGCAAGCGAUCCGAAUGCCGUCAAUGCAAAAGCUGAUAAAGACUUCAUCAAGCCGUUCACGGUGAGUAAUCCGAGUAAUCCAGGAACGAUAAGCUCUGCACUGAUCGGUUCAGAGAAGGAUCAACCUAGUGAAAAAGCUGCCACGGGAACCAAUGGACAACCAGGAGGAACCAAUCCACAACCAGGAGGUCAACCAGGACAACCAGGAACGAGCUAA